AAUGGAACUGCAAUGGAAUGGAAUAUGGUAUUCUACAUAUCAACAGCGAUUGCUCUUCUCCCAUUGAUCGUCUUCAACGUUUGGGGAUCAGCUGAAGUUCAAUGGUGGGCUAGCCAGAAGGCUUCAACAGCAUCGAAGAAAACAACCAAAGGCGAGGCACCAGCCUCCAUCGCUUGA